UCAAAGGCACUGAGCGUGGCGUUCGUACAAGCAAGCUUCCGGUGACGCCGUAUUUUUUUUUAUAUUGUCCCUCUCAGUAAUGGCGGCUUCGUUUCCUUCUUGUUCCUCACCGAAUAGCAAAUGGUAUUUCACCCGGGAGCAGAUCGAAAAUAGUCCGUCUCGCCGUAUGGGGCUUGACCCAGACAAAGAACUGUCGUACCGUCAGCAGGCCGCAAACCUCCUUCAGGACAUGGGGCAGCGGCUUAAUGUCUCCCAGCUCACCAUCAACACUGCCAUUGUGUACAUGCACCGCUUCUAUAUGAUCCAGUCCUUCACCAAGUUCCACAGGAAUGUGAUCGCCCCAGCCGCGCUGUUCUUGGCUGCCAAGGUGGAGGAGCAGCCCCGCAAGCUGGAACACGUGAUCAAGGUGACCCACGCCUGCCUGAACCCCCAGGAGCCCCCGCCAGACACGAGGACUGAUGCAUACCUGCAACAAGCCCAAGACCUGGUCAUUCUUGAGAGCAUUAUUCUCCAGACCCUGGCUUUCGAAAUCACCAUUGACCACCCGCACACGCAUGUUGUCAAGUGCACACAGCUCGUCAGAGCCUUUUUUGGUCCCAUGUGGGAAAGGAGACUGACAGUACAGAGGCCAGAACUAGCCAGAAAACACUGCAGCAGAUGUGCCUGUGAAGAAAAAAAGUGUUGCGUGUCUGUUUGUAAGCAGAUCCCAGCUUUGAAGGCAAGCAAGGAUUUGGCUCAGACGUCGUAUUUCAUGGCUACCAACAGCCUGCACUUGACCACCUUCUGCCUACAGUACAGUCCUCCCAUAGUAGCCUGUGUGUGCAUCCACCUGGCCUGUAAAUGGUCAAACUGGGAGAUCCCAGUCUCCACAGACAGCAAGCACUGGUGGGAGUACGUGGACCGUACUGUUACCCUUGAGUUGUUGGAUGAGCUCACACAUGAAUUCCUGCAGAUCCUUGAGAAGACUCCCAGCCGGUUGAAACGCAUCCGUAACUGGAAGGCAGGGCAAACGGUGAAGAAGCCCAAGGUGCAGGAAGAAGGGGACCAGACGGAGGCCAUGAUGAACAUGAUCUCCAUGGCAUCCUCCGAGACCACGCUGGCAGGGCUGAUGAGUCUCUCCGCCCCUCCUGCCAGCUCUGUGGCAGCAUCCUCUAUGGGUGACAGAGAGCCUUCAACGUCUGCCCCUGGGUCACAGCAGUACUGGCAGCCCGGCAAGCUGGAGGCCCAAAGGACUGGCCAAGAUCCUGUGCAGAACAAUGAAUUAGGCUUCUCUCAGGGCCUCCACGUGCCUGCCAAGGUGUCCCUCAGCGAAUAUCGUGCCAAGCACGCUGAGGUGCUGGCGGCCCAGAAACGCAAGCUGGAGAACAUGGAGGCCAGUGUGAAGAGAGAGUACGCCACAGCUGCCCAGGCUCUCAUUGGACAACAGAAAAAGGACAAGCCCCCGACGUCUCACCCGGCCUCCUCCGCCCCCGGCUCCGACACCACGAACCCUUCACCCAUCAUUCUCAAAAUCCCUCUGGAGAAGGAGAGGCAGGACAAGAGCUCCCUGAAGGUGCGUCUGCCGUUGGCUGGGGGAGGAGGCAGCGGGGCAGGAUCGGGGAGACCGGAGGAUUUCAAGGUACGCAUCAAGGUGCCGGAGAGACGGGGCGGCUCAGCCGGGGAGGAGGGCAAGAGCAGGGACAAGCACAGGGAGCGCUCGUCCAACCACCAUCACCACCAUCACCACCACCAUUCCUCGUCCCUCUCCUCCUCCUCCUUGUCCUCCUCACACAAGCAUCCGGGAGGUGUCCGGUCCUCCGGGGACGCCUCCAAAACCGGCUCCUCCUCUUCCUCCUCCUCCUCCUCCUCCUCCUCUUCCUCCCGCAAGCGGCCUCACUCCCAGGAGCCCUCGCCCGCCUCUCACCAGCCCAGGCCCAGCAAGGCCUCCAGGAACUCCUAUCAGCUGCCCCCGUCCUCCGCCUCCUCCGCCCACCCUCUGGGCCUGGGUCCAGACGGGCUGCCGGUGCUGUCCCAGCAGCACCACCUGCCCUUCCCCCACCCCAAGGCAGACAAGGGCUCUGCCGACACCAACGGCCACAGCGCGGGGGGCGGCGGCGGCCAGUCCAACGAGUACCAGGACACGUUCGAGAUGUUGAACUCGCUGCUGAGCGCUCAGGGGGUGCAGCCGGCCCAGCCGCCGGUGUUCGACUACCGCUCCCAGUACGGCGAGUACAGAUACCACGGGGGGGCCCGGGGGAGCAACUCCCGGCCCCCCCCCCUGCCGGCAGAACCCCCUCCCCCCCUUCCGCCUCUCCCGAAAUGAACACCGGAGCGGGGAACACUUUUACGGAAAUAUCCACCUGCUACAGCCAGCAGCCAGGUUGCAAACUGUUGAGCCUCUUUGGCCGAGGUUUUUAUAUUUGUGUUCAUGACUUGACAGCACAGCAAUGUACCACUUUUUAUUUUUUUUUUCCAAAAUUUAUUUUUACACUUUUUAAAUUAUUUUUCCUAGUUUAAUUUUUUUUUCCC